CCCCCCUCGAUGAUAUUGUGAUGGGGGGGGCUCGUUUGAACUGAGGGAGGGAGAGCAGGAAGCUCAGCAUGAGGACACGCUGUUGAGCUCUGUGGACUCCAAACCCUCCAACCAACUCCUCACUCUGGACUAAAGCCCUCGGAGCAGGAGGACCAACUCCUCACUCUGGACUAAAGCCCUCGGCGCAGGAGGACCAACUCCUCACUCUGGACUAAAGCCCUCGGCGCAGGAGGACCACCGCUCUUUUUAUAUCCGCCGUCCCCCCCGACUGGACUUGACUUUUGCGGAGAGGACUCCUGAGACGCUCCCCCUCUCCCGUCGUCCCAUCGUCGGUCAAUCACUACAGUCCAGUGCGCUUCUUUUCCGCACUUUGGUGCUAUUACCGCUGCUGCUGCUGAGUCUAGAGAGGUGAGUCGAGUCGAGACGAGACUCCUCUGUCCACUGCAGGGAUGGAGCUCCAGAGGGCCACCAGCAUGCCUGGACCCCUGUCCCCCGGGCCUCUGUCCCCCGGACACGUCUCCCCGGGCCCUCUCUCGCCCGGGCCCCUCUCUCCCGGGCUCGGCCCGUCCUCGCCCGGCCCGGGCCCCAGCGGUACCAGCCCCACCUCGAGCUCUGCCGCCGCCGGUCUCAGCUACUCCGCUCAGGCUGCCUACAACUACAACCAGCUGGAGGGCCGCUUCAAACAGCUGCAAGAUGAGCGCGAGGCGGUGCAGAAGAAGACCUUCACCAAGUGGGUCAACUCCCACCUGUCGCGCAUGUCCUGCCGCAUCACUGACCUCUACAUGGACCUGAGGGACGGACGCAUGCUCAUCAAGCUGCUGGAGGUGCUCUCCGGAGAGAGACUGCCGAAGCCCACCAAAGGGCGCAUGCGCAUCCACUGCUUGGAGAACGUGGACAAGGCGCUGCAGUUCCUUAAGGAACAGAAGGUUCACCUGGAGAACAUGGGCUCCCAUGACAUCGUCGACGGCAACCACAGACUCACGCUCGGCCUCAUCUGGACCAUCAUCCUCCGCUUCCAGAUCCAGGACAUCAGUGUGGAGACGGAGGACAAUAAGGAGAAGAAGUCGGCCAAGGACGCCCUGCUGCUGUGGUGCCAGAUGAAGACGGCAGGAUAUCCCAAUGUCAACAUCCACAAUUUCAGCACCAGCUGGAGAGAUGGCAUGGCCUUCAACGCCCUCAUCCACAAACACAGGCCCGACCUGAUUGACUUUGACAAACUGAAAAAGUCCAACGCUCAUCACAAUCUGCAGAAUGCCUUCAACUUGGCUGAGCAGCACCUGGGCCUGACCAAGCUGCUGGACCCAGAGGACAUCAGCGUGGACCACCCUGACGAGAAGUCCAUCAUCACCUACGUGGUCACCUACUACCACUACUUCUCCAAGAUGAAGGCCCUGAAGGUGGAGGGCAAGCGCAUCGGAAAGGUGCUGGACAAUGCUAUCGAGACGGAGAAGAUGAUUGAGAAGUACGAGUCGCUGGCCUCCGACCUGCUGGAGUGGAUCGAGCAGACGAUCAUUAUUCUCAACAAUCGCAAGUUUGCCAACUCCCUGGUGGGGGUCCAGCAGCAGCUGCAGGCCUUCAACACCUACCGCACCAUCGAGAAGCCUCCCAAGUUUACAGAGAAAGGCAACCUGGAGGUGCUUCUCUUCACAAUUCAGAGCAAGAUGCGAGCCAACAAUCAGAAGGUGUACAUGCCGCGCGAGGGCAAGCUCAUAUCAGACAUCAACAAGGCCUGGGAACGUCUGGAGAAGGCGGAGCAUGAGCGGGAGCUGGCACUGAGGACGGAGCUGAUUCGCCAGGAGAAGCUGGAGCAACUCGCACGCCGCUUCGACCGCAAGGCCGCCAUGAGAGAGACCUGGCUCAGCGAGAACCAGCGCCUUGUCUCACAGGACAACUUUGGCUUCGACCUGCAGGCGGUGGAGGCGGCCACUAAGAAACACGAGGCCAUCGAGACGGACAUCGGGGCGUACGAGGAGCGCGUGCAGGCCGUGCUGUCGGUGGCCACGGAGCUGGAGAAGGAGAGCUACCACGACAUCAAGCGCGUCACGGCGCGCAAGGACAACGUGCUGCGCCUCUGGGAGUACCUGCUGGAGCUGCUCCGCGCCCGCCGCCUCCGCCUGGAGCAGAACCUCGGCCUGCAGAGGGUCUUCCAGGAGAUGCUCUACAUCAUGGACUGGAUGGACGAGAUGAAGAUGCUGCUGCUGUCCCAGGACUAUGGGAAGCACCUGCUGGGGGUGGAGGACCUGAUGCAGAAGCACGCGCUGGUGGAGGCUGAUAUCGGCAUCCAGGCCGACCGCGUCAAGGCCGUCAACGCCACCGCACAGAAGUUCAUCAUCGACAUGGAGGGCUACAAGCCGUGCGACCCGCAGGUGAUCCGCGACCGCGUGGCCCACAUGGAGUUCUGCUACCAGGAGCUCAACCAGCUGGCGGCCGAGCGGCGAGCGCGCCUGGAGGAGUCGCGGCGCCUCUGGAAGUUCUUCUGGGAGAUGGCGGAGGAGGAGGGCUGGGUGCGCGAGAAGGAGCAGAUCCUGUCGUCGGACGACUGCGGCAAGGACCUGACGGCGGUGGUGCGGCUGCUGAGCAAGCACAAGGCCCUGGAGGACGAGAUGAGCGGCCGCGCCGCGCACAUGCAGCAGACGGUCAAGCAGGGCCAGGAGCUGGUCGCCGCCGGACACUUCGGCGCGGACAAGAUCGGCGAGCGCAUCGGCGACGUCCAGGAGCAGUGGGCGGCGCUGGAGCGGCUGGCCGCGGCCCGCAAGAACCGGCUGCAGGAGGCCUACGGCAUGCACCAGUUCCAGGCGGACGCCGACGACAUGGACGCCUGGAUGCUGGACGUGCUGCGCAUCGUGUCCAGCGCCGACGUGGGCCACGACGAGUUCUCCGCGCAGGCGCUGGUCAAGCACAAGGACGUGGCCGAGGAGAUCGCCAGCUACCGGCCCGUGCUGGAGGCGCUGCACGAGCAGGCCAAGGCGCUGCCGCCCGAGCACGCCGACUCGGACGAGGUCAAGGGUCGCCUGGCGGGCAUCGAGGAGCGCUACGGCGAGGUGGCCGAGCUGACCAGGCUGCGCAAGCAGGCGCUGCAGGACGCGCUGGCCCUCUACAGGAUGUUCAGCGAGGUGGACGCCUGCCAGGUGUGGAUCGACGACAAGGAGCUCUGGCUCAACAGCAUGGAGAUCCCCGAGAGGCUGGAGGACCUGGAGGUGAUACAGCACAGGUUCGAGAGCCUAGAACCAGAGAUGAACAACCAGGCCUCCCGUGUGGCGGUGGUCAACCAGAUCGCCAGACAGCUCAUCCACAGUGGUCACCCGAGUGAGAAGGAGAUCAAAGCCCAGCAGGACAAACUCAACACCAGGUGGAGCCAGUUCCGAGACCUGGUGGACCAGAAGAAGGACUCGCUCAACUCGGCGCUGGGCGUGCAGAACUACCACCUGGAGUGCAACGAGACCAAGUCGUGGAUCCGCGAGAAGACCAAGGUCAUCGAGUCCACGCAGGACCUGGGCAACGACCUGGCGGGCGUGAUGGCGCUGCAGCGCAAGCUGACGGGCAUGGAGCGCGACCUGGCCGCCAUCGAGGACAAGCUGGGCGACCUGGGCAAGGAGGCCGAGCGGCUGUCCGCCGAGCACCCCGAGCAGGCGCCGGGCAUCAAGGGGCGCCUGGGCGAGAUCAACGAGGUGUGGGACGAGAUGAAGGGCACGCUCCGCGCCCGCGAGGAGUCGCUCGGCGAGGCGUCCAAGCUGCAGGGCUUCCUGCGCGACCUGGACGACUUCCAGGCGUGGCUGUCGCGCACGCAGACGGCCGUCGCGUCCGAGGACAUGCCCAACACGCUGGCCGAGGCCGAGAAGCUGCUGGCGCAGCACGAGGGCAUCAAGAACGAGAUCCGCAACUACGAGGAGGACUACCAGAAGAUGCGCGCCAUGGGCGAGAUGGUGACGCAGGGCCAGACGGACGCCCAGUACAUGUUCCUGCGCCAGCGGCUGCAGGCGCUCGACACCGGCUGGAACGAGCUGCACAAGAUGUGGGAGAACCGGCAGAAGCUGCUGUCCCAGUCGCACGCCUACCAGCUCUUCCUCAGGGACACCAAGCAAGCCGAGGCCUUCCUCAACAACCAGGAGUACGUGUUGGCCCAUACGGAGAUGCCCACCAUAUUGGAGGCGGCGGAGGGAGCCAUCAAGAAGCAGGAGGACUUCAUGACCACCAUGGACGCCAACGAGGAGAAGAUCAACGGCGUGGUGGAGACGGGCCGGCGGCUGGUGAGCGACGGCAACACCAGCGCCGACCGCAUCCAAGAGAAGGUGGACUCCAUCGACCAGAGGCACAAGAAGAACCGCGAGGCUGCCAGUGCACUCCUGGCCAAACUGAAGGACAACACAGAGCUGCAGAGAUUCCUGCAGGACUGCCAGGAGCUGUCCCUGUGGAUCAGUGAGAAGAUGCUCACGGCACAGGACAUGUCGUACGAUGAGGCCCGCAACCUGCACAGCAAGUGGCUCAAGCACCAGGCCUUCAUGGCAGAGCUGCAGUCCAACAAGGAGUGGCUGGACAAGAUCGAGAAGGAUGGCAUGGCCCUGGUGGCGGAGAAGCCGGAGACGGAGCCAGUGGUCAAGGAGAAGCUGGGCACGCUGAAGCGGCAGUGGAGCGAGCUGGAGUCCACCACGCAGGCCAAGGCCCAGUGCCUGUUCGACGCCAACAAGGCCGAGCUGUUCACGCAGAGCUGCGCCGACCUGGACAAGUGGCUGGUGGGCCUGGAGGGGCAGAUCCAGUCCGACGACUACGGCAAGGACCUGACCAGCGUCAACAUCCUGCUCAAGAAGCAACAGAUGCUGGAGAGCCAGGUGGAGGUGCGUCAGAAGGAGGUGGAGGAGCUGCGGUCGCAGGCCCAGGCGCUGCGUCAGGAGGGUCAGAAGGACUCGGACGAGGUGGACGGGAGGCGGCGCGGCGUGGAGAGCAAGUUCCAGGGCCUGCUGGACCCCCUGCGCCAGCGCAAGAGCAGCCUCAUGGCCUCCAGAGAGAUCCACCAGUUCAACCGCGACGUGGAGGACGAGAUCCUGUGGGUGGAGGAGAGAAUGCCCCUGGCUACGUCCACUGAUCACGGCCACAACUUACAGACCGUCCAGCUGCUCAUCAAGAAGAACCAGACCCUGCAGAAGGAGGUCCAGGGCCAUCAGCCGCGCUACGACGACAUCUUCGAGCGCAGCAAGAGCAUCGUGAAGGCGGACAGCCCCAACGGGGACGUGAUCCGCCAGCGUCUGGCCGACCUGCGGGGCCUGUGGGCGCAGAUCAUCGAGGAGACGGGCAAGCGGCACGGCCGUCUGGAGGAGGCGCACAGGGCACAGCAGUACUACUUCGACGCCGCCGAGGCAGAGGCCUGGAUGAGCGAGCAGGAGCUCUACAUGAUGUCCGAGGAGAAGGCCAAGGACGAGCAGAGCUCGGUGGCCAUGCUGAAGAAGCACCAGAUUGUGGAGCAGGCGGUGGAGGAUUACGCCGAGACCGUGCACCAGCUCUCCCAGACCAGCAGGAACCUGGUGGCCGCUGGACAUCCGGAGAGCGAGCGGAUCAGCAUGCGCCAGUCGCAAGUGGACAAGCUGUACGCCGGCCUCAAGGACCUGUCCGAGGAGCGGCGGGGCAAGCUGGACGAGAGGUCGCGGCUCUUCCAGCUCAACCGCGAGGUGGACGACCUGGAGCAGUGGAUCGCCGAGCGCGAGGUGGUGGCCGGCUCGCACGAACUGGGCCAGGACUACGAGCACGUCACAAUGCUGCAGGAGCGUUUCCGGGAGUUUGCGCGCGACACAGGCAACAUCGGCCAGGAGCGCGUGGACGCGGUCAACCAGAUGGCGGACGAGCUCAUCAACUCGGGCCACGCGGACGCGGCCACCAUCGCCGAGUGGAAGGACGGCCUGAACGAGGCCUGGGCCGACCUGCUGGAGCUCAUCGACACGCGCACGCAGAUCCUGGCCGCCUCCUACGAGCUGCACAAGUUCUACCACGACGCCAAGGAGGUGCUGGGCCGCAUCCUGGACAAGCACAAGAAGCUUCCGGAAGAGCUCGGCCGCGACCAGAACACCGUGGAGACGCUGCAGAGGAUGCACACCACCUUCGAGCACGACAUUCAGGCCUUAGGCACGCAGGUGAAGCAGCUGCAGGAGGAUGCGGUGCGUCUGCAGUCGGCGUAUGCGGGGGACAAGGCGGAGGACAUCGCGCGGCGCGAGGGCGAGGUGCUGGAGGCCUGGCGUAGCCUGCUGGAGGCCAGCGAGGGCCGGCGCGUACGCCUGCUGGACACCAGCGACAAGUUCCGCUUCUUCAGCAUGGUGCGCGACCUCAUGCUCUGGAUGGAGGACGUCAUCCGCCUCAUCGACGCCCAGGAGAAGCCCAGGGACGUGUCAUCCGUGGAGCUUCUGAUGAACAACCACCAGGGCAUCAAAGCUGAGAUCGACGCCCGCAACGACAGCUUCACUACUUGCAUUGAGAUGGGCAAAGCGCUGCUUGCUCGUAAACACUAUUCAUCAGAGGAGAUCAAAGAAAAGUUGCUACAGCUGACGGACAAGAGGAAAGAGAUGAUUGACAAGUGGGAGGAUCGGUGGGAGUGGCUGAGACUGGUGCUGGAGGUGCACCAGUUCUCCCGUGACGCGGGGGUGGCGGAGGCCUGGCUGUACGGUCAGGAGCCGUACCUGUCCAGCCGCGAGAUGGGCCAGAGCGUGGACGACGUGGAGAAGCUCAUCAAGCGCCACGAGGCCUUCGAGAAGUCCGCCGCCACGUGGGAGGAGCGCUUCGCCGCCCUCGAGAGACUGACCACGAUGGAGUUGUUGGAAGUGAGAAGACUGCAAGAGGAAGAGGAGAGGAAGAGGCAGCCUCCACCUGUAGAGGCCCAGCCAGCAGAGGCUGCAGAGGCAGAGGCAGCAGCAGCAGCAGCAUCCCCCCAGCAGAAGGAGGGUGAGGCGGCGGCGUCUCAGAACGGGCUGUCGACGGAGCCGGACUCUCCCCGGGAGGCCGCGGGAGGAAGUGAUGUCGUUAAUGGAGUGGUGGAGCCCAGUCCGGGCCCGUCCCCUACGGCGAGCCGGAAGGCCAAACCCAGCCAGGCGGCCACUCUGCCAGCCAAGCCCCAGGAGACGGCCACCCAGAUGGAAGGCUUCCUGCACCGCAAGCAUGAGUGGGAGGGCCACAACAAGAAGGCCUCAAAUAGGUCCUGGCACAACGUGUACUGCGUGGUGAACCAUCAGGAGAUGGGCUUCUACAAGGACAGCAGGAGUGCCGGCCAGGGCGUCCCGUACCACAGCGAGAUGCCCGUCCGCCUGCGGGACGCCACCUGCGAGGUGGCCGUGGACUACAAGAAGAAGAAGCACGUCUUCAAACUCAAAAUUUGUGAUGGGAACGAGUAUCUCUUCCAUGCCAAAGAUGAUGAGGAGAUGAAUUCCUGGAUCCAGGCGAUCUCCAGCGCCACCCCUUCGGACCGCUCUGAGGUGGCGCCGAGCAGCCACAGCACCCCCGCGUCCAGCCGCGCCCACACCCUGCCCGCCACCGCCACCGCCGAGUCCAGCCCCGGCAAGCGCGAGAAGGACAAGGAGAAGCGCUUCAGCCUCUUCAGCAAGAAGAAGUAGAAACGCUUAAGAAGCUUCCUGACCACGACGGCAGCCAUCUUGUCCUCCUCUUCCUCCUCCUCCUCCUCCUCCUCAUCCUCGUUUUCCGAAAUGAGAGAAGAAGAAGAAAAAAAAACAUACAAACAAAAACAAAAAAUGAUAUUGCGAGACUCCAGCAUGCAAGCUCAGAGCCAAAACUCCACACUCGGUGCCUAAUGACCCUCGGGCGGGGUCGGAGGUCAACUUUGGCGUUCUUUUGUAAUAAGGAAGAAAAGAGAGAAUAUGGGGUGGGGUGGGGGGGGAAUUACCCGAGGGUGUGCGAUGCUUUGGGCAGCUUCCAUCGCGAAAUCAUUCCGAAAAAGUCCCACGAGAGACAUGUUAUGUUGUUAGGGUUACUUUGUCCUUGUUAUGGUUUUCCUACUUCUCAUCAUGUCCUGCUUUUGACUCUGUUUUUGUUCUUCCCCUUUUCUUGCUCUCUUUCUCCUUCUCUUUUGUAACUGUAUGCAGUUUAUAGGGUCUACCCUCAGUUUUGUGAGGCUUGCGUUUUUUUCUGCUGGUGAGAAGCAAGGCGUUGGUGCUUUGGACUCGAGCCACAUGGUGUUGAAUCGCUAACUUCCUGUUAAAUUUAAUGAACUAAUCAAUACUCCAGCCAUAAGCUUCAAGAAUCUAAGUCUACAGAACAUAAUAAACUUAGUAGAAAACACAUACAUUUGAAUGCAAAGCCACAUUAGUACCUAAUAUUGAUAACAUAUGCUGGAAAUCUUAAGAGUUAAAAGAUAACCGGUCAGGUUGGAUAUUGAUGAAGGACUAGUUAUACAAAACAUGUUCUGAGCUCCAUUGGUUUUUUUUGUUUUGUUUGUUUUUUUUCCUGUUUUUUUUUUUUUUUGUUGAGUUGCAUUAUAAUGUAUGGAUAACAUUUAUUUAGAGAAGAAGUAUGAACAUAGAUGUACUAUAAACCCAUUAAAGGCGUUGUUGUUCAGUGGAUACAUUUGAAAGUCCAGCCUUUACCUGACGAGUUAAACGUGACUGAAACCUGGCUGCUUGCUUGUUGGCUAUAGCACUGCGUGUUUUCAUUUUGCUAUUUCUGGCUAUUUGAUAAAUAGUGCGCAUUUCUGUCACUGUAACUAUUGCAAUGAAAAAAUGUCCAUCAUCUUGCACAACAAUCAGCAAUGCCGUGAAGCCAGGUGCCCCCUCUGGGGGGCCCAGUAGAACAUGACCCAUCCGCCUGGCCCCUAACAUGGAGGAGAUCUGCACCUGUAGCCUUUUACCCCCUGUUAAAUAUGUGCAAAGUCAUUAAAAUGCUUUUAAAAUGA